CUGUUUUUGUUUUCCUGUGUGAACACUGGAAGUUAAUAACAUAAUAAUAACAACAGAGUAGACUCUCCAAAGUGAAACGGCCAUUAGGGAGCUGUUAUCGUUAAUCUUUGCUCCUGUUCAGGUUUGGCAUAGCAGCACACACUCUGCUUAUGAUGUGUACCAACUGAGCCAGCCUGCCCGGACAUUCCUGUCCCCGAAGAGUGCGAGCGUGGCGCUUACAGUCGGGGAGCAGCAAAGGGGAAGCGGGCUCCGGCGGGGAUCGACCCGGGCCCAAGGCCUCCGACCUCGAGAAGAGGGGAGAAUUUAGCGGCUGGGAUGGAGUCCCCGGACCUAUCUGACGACCCCGGAGCGCACCGAGGUUUCAUCUGUGCCUCGUUUAACCAGGACACCACCUCUCUAUCAGUGGGCACUAAGACUGGCUACCGGCUCUUCUCGGUCACAGCUGUGGACAAACUGGACUGCAUCCAUGAGGGAGUGGAGUGUCCGGAUGUCUACAUAGUGGAGCGACUGUUCUCCAGCAGUCUGGUGGUUGUGGUCAGCCUGUCCAUGCCACGGCGAAUGAACGUCUAUCACUUCAAGAAAGGUACAGAGAUUUGUAACUACAGCUACUCCAACAACAUCCUCUCCGUCCGGCUCAACCGACAGCGGCUUGUGGUGUGCCUGGAAGAGUCGAUCUAUAUCCACAAUAUCAAAGACAUGAAACUGCUCAAGACACUACUCAACACACCCACCAACCCCUCAGGUCUCUGUGCACUCUCCAUCAACCAUGGUAACUCCUACCUGGCGUAUCCUGGUAGUGCCACCAUGGGAGAGAUCACGGUCUAUGAUGCCAACAACCUGAGCACUGUGACGCUGAUCCAGGCCCAUGACAGUCCCCUGGCAGCCCUCACAUUCAACGCCUCUGGCACAAAGCUGGCUAGUGCAUCAGAGAAGGGUACUGUCAUCAGAGUCUUCAGCAUCCCUGAAGGACAGAAGCUGUUUGAAUUCCGCCGAGGCAUGAAGAGAUAUGUUAGUAUCAGUUCGUUGUCCUUCAGUGCAGAUGCACAGUUCCUGUGUGCCUCCAGCAACACUGAGACGGUCCAUAUCUUUAAACUGGAGCAACACAGCCCAAGUCAAGAGGAAGAGUCCCCUACAUGGUCAACAUAUGUGGGCAAAAUGUUCACAGCAGCCAGCACCUACCUGCCCUCUCAGGUGUCUGACAUGAUGAAUCAGGACAGAGCUUUUGCCACGGUGCGCCUCAACAUGUUUGGUCUGAAGAACAUUUGUGCCCUGGCUACGAUUCAGAAGCUUCCUCGCCUGCUCGUGGCGUCUUCAGACCGGUAUCUUUACAUCUAUAAUGUGGAUCCACAGGAUGGCGGCGAGUGUGUCCUUGUCCAAAAGCACAGGCUCUUUGACUCUAGUGAGGAGCAACUGGACCAGAAGGAAGAGGAGAACCCAGAGGAUGGUCCUCCACAACCAGUCAGCCAAACAUAUGCUGCCACUGUGGCGCUCCCUUCGACCCCACCCUCCUCCACCACUCUAAUGGGCUACUCUGAAGACGGUGGAGCCCAGAAGGGUGAAGUCAUCCCUGAGCACGAAUUUGCCGAGGGCCCCGUUUGUCUGGAUGAUGAGAAUGAGUUUCCUCCUGUUGGAAACCAGAAUAACUGACCAAAAUCCAUAGCGUACCCUCCCUGCCCCUGCACACAAACCAGACUUACCUGUCUGUAGUAGGGAGGGUGGACAAAAUAUUCCUAAUGUGUUGAGACAUUGUGACAUCCCAACCCUUUUACAAGUUCCCCUGCACACCUAAGGUCAAAUCUUGGAAGGAUAUUACCUCCUGGUGUUUCUGUAUUUUGUGUGCCCGUCACUCUUUGUAAGAGAUAUAGGAAAAAAAACACUAAAACAUAGCAGAAGGUCCACUCAUCUUAAAUAAGAAAGAAAAAAAACACCUACAGAACAUUUGUUCUUUACUUGGAGUCAGCAGCUGUCUGAACCAUCCUACUGUUAACUCCCAUAUAUUACUACUAACAACAGUGCUCAACAUUUUGGAAUUUUAUACUGCUGUUGAACCAACAACACAUAUGUCCCAACAAAUUAUCAUCAUAGUAGCAACCUAAUGAGCAGGGGAGUAUUAUGAGCUGACUGUCAACAGCUUAAGAACAUCCAGGAGUCAGAAUAACAAAAAUGCUCCUAAGGCCUCAGUCACACUAGAGUAAAAGUAGGACGGCAAUCUCCGUGUGACCAGGAAAACCGGUGGUUGGUUGGCGAAUGAUUGCACUGAAUUUUUAUUGCUGUCUGGGACCGAUUGCAGUUGCGGUGACCAACUGGUUGCCAAGAGAUUGAGCAGGCACCACCCUCAACCUGUGGGUGAUCACUUUUGGCUGCAAGGCGAUUGCACAAGUUCGCCUGGUGGGAGGCAACCUGCCUCCAAACUAUCUCAGUCAGACACAAACUGACUGCAGUUGAUCUCAGACAGAUUGGCAAAGACUUGCAAAUAAUUGCAGUCUGAUUUAUAAACGCAGACAGAUUGCCAGUGGGUUGCAAUCAGUCGGAGUCAGUCUGUGCAGAUGCGCAGCUCGUCUGUGCCAUCAUAUUUAUUUCAAGUUAGGAUGCAAUGUGAUGAAUCACACAAGUGUCAGUUACAAGGGUUUGUAGCAGCGGGCAAUUUACCGCAAACUGUGCUAAAUUUAAUGUUGCAAAGUAUUUCUUAAUUUGCAUUUGAUACGUUUGAGACAGUUGCCGCUAGGAGUGUUUAUUUAUUUGGAAUGAGAUGGGGAGAUGUGAUCGGAAUGGGUGCGUAAUUGGCACUGGUGGAUGGCUCAGAGCUGUGAGCGCAGUGCCAAAACAUUGGCUCUAUCCUGUUGUGCUCUUUUCUCGGUCCUCACUCUGAGUGUUGGGAGCCGAGUCCCACAUCUUCCUGCCCUGCAAUAAUAGGAGAGUUGCACACAAAGAUGCAGCUUAGUUUUCUUUUUAGAGCGAGCAGGUUCCAGUGUUUCCAGCUUUUAAUUGCAUUUCAACACAGCGAUCGUUACACAAUGAAAACGUAUCUCCCUGCCUUUUCUCAGCAGUGCGCACACAGAGCAACAGUCAUGCUUCUUUCUUUUUUUAACUUCUCUCGAUAGGUGCUGUGUCUGUCAAAAUGCAGCUAUUGAUGUGACUGUGCUAGUGUGUUAUAUUAAUGUCUGAAUGUUACAAGAUGUCAGGCUUAGUUAAAAUAAUAUUUCAUGUGUAAAAUUUCUUAAGAGACACCUUAAUAUCAAGGCUUUCUAACUGGGAUGUGAAAUGGCUAUUCCAUAACUCCCAUUGCAUUUCACAAACCCAGAGCAGUGCAUGCAUUUACGCACGCAGCACAGUAACAGUAUCCAUUUGACAGAUAAUAAUGUUUUUUGUUCUUUGCACAUCGUACAUGUCAGCUGUUCCACAUACAUUUCAAGUUUAGAUAGAGGAAUAGUUUGUAGUAAAGCAGCUCUCUGGAUAAAACCCUGCGCUCCACUUUAGACUCAGUUCUCAGGACCGCACACAGUCCCCAGCAAUUUCUAACAGAGUUCACCCUUAUAAGGGAAACACAUGCCUAAGAGAGAAACAUGCCUAACACCGGCACUUACACUGUAUUAUUUUCUUAGGUGUCCUCACUUUUGAGCCAUGAAUUUACGCUGCUCUUGAUAGAAAGCUGGUCAUUAAUGGAAUGAACUAGCUGUGUGUGUUUGUUUAUAAAUUUAUAGAUUAGAAAUUUUCCCUGUUUAGAUCUGCCCCAGUCUGUAGCUGAGAGAGCGGCUGAUGUCUGGAUUCCGGGCCGCCGGUGCCGAGUCUGCCCCUAGCUCCGGUACAGCACUGAGGUAGAAGGCAACAGAUUUGAGAUUUAUCAGAGUUAAGGUAUUAAAGCAAAAAGAUUUUAAGUGCCAACUUGACACCUUUCUAUCAAAAACUGAUAGCAGACUGACUCCAUCUUUUUGCCGUUUGAUCCCAGUUUUAUUGCCAUAUCGAUGCACCAAAGUUGGUUUGAAGAUGGCAGCUGACCGCGAGUGGUCUCAGACCUGGUCCCCAUCUUUGAAGUGACCAUUUUAACAGCAACGAGAUCGCAAGUUAAUCGCACAGAGUCGUAGUAAUUUUGUUCGCGCAGCGGCUUCCAACCACUGUUUUCCCUAGUGUGACUUUUACCUAAGAGAGAUGCUUAAAACUCAUCUAAAGAUUUCACUUCUCAACAAGUCUUUAGGGAAUUAGCACCUCAACAUUCCUGUGUAUGCGGCCCAAGCAAUUUCUAAUCAUUGAUCAUUAAAAUGUAUCAUACCUCAAGAGAGACAUGCAGUAGUUCACUCACAAAGGACAAGAUAUUGUGUGAUGCCCUAUUUAAAUCACGAUACAUGCCGUAAGUAUCAUAUGACUUGCCGAUGCAGCUGUGAUACUAAUUAUGGUAGCAAUGCACGAGACUGAAAAAACCCGCAGAGUUACAAAUGUAACCCGAUAAAAUAUUUUGCUCUGUGGGUGCAGCAGUUAACAGCUAAAUGCAAAACCUGCGACGGGCUGAACAUGACAAAGUUACAGGUCCACAGAUUUCAGCGAAACCCUGAAAACCUUUUUAUUUCCUAAAUGAUUCUGAAUAUGUUAACAUAUAACUGAGUUAUUUUUACAUCGAUGUAUUAAGUAUUCUUUUUGUGCAAUGUGUUACACAUCAACACAUAGACCUAACAUGCGUAAAAUAUAUGUUAAGGGUUUUUACAGUGUAUAAUGUGUAUAUAACAUUUCUUUAUAGUACUGUUGUAAUAAGUAACAUAGUAAUAUCACAUGAUUUGCCAAAAGGUGGCGCUGUUAGGACACAUGUAAGCUGCAUUGAGUUGUUCAAUACUGAACAUUUACACCAGAGACUCAUUAAACCUGAGAAGUGAUUUGACCUCUGCAACACGUUUUCUUUUCUUUUUUAAAUUUGUAAUAAUAUUAUAAAUGUUUGAAUAUUGUAUUAAAUCU